CGGCGACCAAGCGUCGUACAGUACCGGUUCGGAAUUGAAAUCGUCCACACCGAACGUGCGAGUCACAUUCUCGUGAUAGCUCCGAAAGAACGUCAAAUCGUAACUACUCGUAAUCGAGCAACGGUAAACAGUGUGACACACAAAAUGGUCCUGAACGCGCCGAAAGUCAAGUUUUACAAUGGAAACGAAAUACCAGUGUUUGGUCUGGGUACAUGGAAGUCGAAACCGGGAGAAGUUACUCAAGCGGUGAAGGAUGCCAUCGACAUUGGCUACAGACAUCUCGAUUGCGCUUACGUUUACGGAAACGAAAAGGAAGUUGGGAUGGCUAUACAGGAAAAAAUAGCUGACGGUACUGUGAAGAGAGAGGAUCUGUUUAUUACCAGCAAGUUGUGGAAUACCUUUCACAAGCCCGAUCUGGUGGAAUCUGCUCUGAAGCAGACGUUAACCAACUUUGGUCUCAGUUACAUAGACCUCUAUUUAAUUCACUGGCCAGUCGGGUACAAGGAUGGUGAGAGUCUCUUCCCUACAACCCCCGAAGGUACCACAGCCUUGAGUGACGUAGACUAUGUCGACACUUGGAAGGCUAUGGAGAAUGUGUUAUCCAAGGGUUUGACGAAGAACAUUGGUGUCAGUAAUUUUAAUUCCGAGCAAAUUACCAGGCUACUCGAGAAUGCAAAGGUCAAACCAGUUACGAAUCAGGUCGAGUGCCAUCCGUAUUUAACGCAAAAGAAACUAUCAGACUUUUGUAAGAAGAAGGACAUCCUUAUUACGGCAUACAGUCCACUUGGAUCACCGGACAGGCCAUGGGCAAAGCCGGACGACCCGAAACUGUUGGAGGACACCAAAUUAAUUGAGCUCGCACAAAAAUAUAACAAAACACCUGCACAAGUGCUGAUACGUUAUCAGCUGGAUCGUGGCCACAUAGUGAUUCCGAAAUCGGUUACCAAAUCACGAAUCGCUCAAAACAGCCAAGUAUUCGACUUUAAACUGUCACCCGAGGAUAUCGCGUAUAUCGACAGUUUCGAUUGCAAUGGAAGAAUUUGUCCAUUACUUGGUGCGGAUGCCAGCCCCUAUUAUCCGUUCGGCGUUCCGUUUUAAUCGAUUAAAUGGACAAGUAAAAUCAGAAUUAACACAUAUUUUCGUGUUUUUAUUAAAUUUCUUCCACCAAAAAACAAUAUUAUCAAGCUAUUAUUUCUAUCAGUUUGCUUUGCGUUUGCACCGUGUGUAUAAAGAUAAGCGAAUAAAAUAAUUUGUUUAAGUGCCGGCGGCACUUUUUAUA